CGUAGAAUUUGACAAUAUACAAGAUAAGGAACCUCAACAAUUAGAUAAUCAAAUUCUUACGCUCUUUCAACUUGAAAAAUUUCAAAAAAUAUUUGCUCAACAUACAAUUAAGGAAAGCAAUGAGGAACAAGAAAUUAAUAAACAAUUAACAAUACUUUUAGAUCAGCAAGAAAAGGAUGCUUUUUUUUUAAAAUUAAGUACAUUCGUUUGUUGUAAAAAUAAAAUGUGCUUAACUAAAAUUGAUCAUGAAUUAGCAUUUCAAAUUUUCGAUAGGAUGCUUUAUGCAAUGGUUCGUUCUAACGAAACUUUACAUAGUAAAGAAAAACAAUAUUUAACCGUUAAAUAUACUUUUGAUAAUGAUGAAAUUUGUGAGAAAGCUUUUCAAACUAUAUAUUUGCUAACAGAAAAAAAAUGGAAAAAUAUUCGUAAUUAUUAUCGGGCUAAUG